ACUAUAAGAAGACUGGGAGGGAGAGGGGGAGAGCGAGAGAUUCCUUAAUCCCAAUGGCGUUUACAUUCUCUCCCACUACGUCGAUCCGAUGGAUGUCAGGAGAUAGGAGUAGGUUUCCGGCGAGUUGUCCGGCGAUUUGUCCGGCUCGUGGAAGGAAGAGAGGCGUAGUUGCAGCAGCGGACGAGAAGAAGGAUGGGACAACAUCCUUCAGCCCCUUCAAUUUCGUCACGGACAAUCCUUCUAGUCGGGGAGCGAUCCAGCUACCGGAAUCUCCGGCCGAGGACGGGAACGUCGGCCAGAUGCUUUACAGAAUAGAGGACAAGGGGAAAGAGUAUGGAUCGUACGUCAAAGCAGGGAAAUUCAGAUGGUUCGUAAGGGAGACAGGAUCAUCUGAAAGGUCACGUGGCACCAUUGUCUUUGUCCAUGGAGCUCCUACUCAAUCCUAUAGUUAUCGUGUGGUUAUGGCUCAGAUGGCAGAUGCUGGUUUUCACUGCUUUGCACCUGAUUGGAUUGGAUUUGGUUUCAGUGAUAAACCCCAGCCUGGAUAUGGGUUUUCAUACACAGAAGAUGCUUAUCAUGAAGAGUUUGACAAGAUACUCGAAGCACUCGACGUGACAUCCCCAUUUACCCUUGUAGUUCAGGGUUUUCUUGUCGGUUCAUUUGGAUUGACAUGGGCUAUAAAAAAUUCAAGUAGGAUAUCAGACCUUGUAAUUCUAAAUAGCCCAGUAACCAGCUCUUCACCCAUUCCAUCCUUGUUUCAGCAGUUGAGGUUUCCAUUGCUUGGUGAAUUUACUUGCCAAAAUGCUGUUAUGGCUGAAAGAUUUAUUGAAGCUGGCAGUGCCUACAUGCUAAAGUUGGAAAAGGCUGAUGUGUAUCGCUUACCAUAUUUGUCAAGCGGUGGCCCCGGAUUUGCUUUGCUGGAGGCUGCAAGAAAAGCUAAUUUUAAGGAUGUGGCAAGUCGAAUAGCCGACGGGUUUUCAUCUGGAAGAUGGGACAAGCGAAUUCUGGUGGCAUGGGGGAUAUCCGAUAAAUAUUUGUCUCGAUCAGAAGCUGAAGAAUUUCAGAGAAACAAUCCUUCUAUUGUAAAACUCAACAUAAUAGAAGGGGCUGGUCAUAUGCCCCAGGAGGACUGGCCCGAGAAAGUGGUUGAUGCUUUAAAAGCAUUCCUGUAACCUCACAUGGAAGUAGUAGGUGAUUGAUAUCCUCCGAUUUGCUCCGUUAGUACCAUCAGAUUUGGAUGAUGGUGAUUGUCGGCACGGAUAAAAUGAGGCUGUCGGGAGAAACUGCAUUCAGGUUACUUUUCUUAACGCCGAACUCAGUUACCGGAAAGGCAUCGAACUAGCGAUACUACAAAAACUGUGUUAUUUCGGAGCUCCAUUGUGGCUUUCAAUCACUGGUAAGUUACAGAUCCAAAGAGAAAAAUUUGCUGAAUAACUGAGGCCGAAAACUACUCCGAUAUUUCCUUUUUCUUUUUUCUUUCCUCAUGAUUCGCAGAUAGCAAAUUUAGUACCGAAAAAUUAUGCUUCAUCCGUUGCUGCUGUA